AGAACACAAACUUUAUAGAUGCGCGACCUGGAGACGGUGUUUGAUUUAAUCUGACAGCGAGCGUCAAUCAACAUCGCUCUCAGAUCCAGGAGCGCACCUGCCAAUCAAACGGAACAAGCAACUUAUCUGAAGAUAAUCUUUGUGAAGAUGUCGAACUCUGGAGGUCGGAGGCUGAAGCAGUGGCUGAUGGAGCAGAUCCAGAGCGCUCAGUAUUCCGGACUUCAGUGGGAGGAUGAAAGCCGCACCAUGUUCCGAAUUCCUUGGAAACAUGCAGGAAAGCAGGAUUACAACCAAGAAGUUGAUGCAUCUAUUUUUAAGGCCUGGGCAGUGUUUAAAGGCAAGUUUAAAGAGGGUGACAAGGCUGAGCCUGCUACCUGGAAGACCAGACUCCGCUGUGCCCUGAAUAAAAGUCCUGAUUUUGAGGAAGUGACUGACAGGUCACAGCUGGACAUUUCUGAUCCUUACAAAGUCUACCGCAUUGUUCCUGAAGAAGAGCAGAAGCACUGUAAAGGCUCGAUGAUGCCUAUGGCAACCACCAGCUCUGGUGAUCCGACAGAGAUGGAUUGCAGUCCUGCAGAAAUUGAAGAGCUAAUAAAAGAGGAGGAAAGCUGCAGCAUCCAGGCUAGUCCGGAGUACUGGCCCCAGGCUAACAUCAAUGCUUUCCCCUUGCACCAGGAGCCCAUGCCAUCAGGAACUUCCAAUUCAGUUUUCUCCCAGUUGAUGAUCUCCUUCUUCUAUGGAGGAAAGCUGAUGCACAACACACUGGUCACACACCCUGAAGGCUGCAGGAUUUCUCCCCAGCAGCACCUGGGUCGUGGCGCCCUCUACAGCUCAGACAGCAUGCAGAGUGUUCACUUUCCUCCAGCUGAGCUGAUUGAGUAUGACCGGCAGCGUUAUGUCACGCGCAAGCUGCUGGGUCACCUGGAAAGAGGUGUGCUGGUGCGUGCGAACCAAGAAGGCAUCUUCAUCAAACGUCUGUGCCAGAGUCGCAUCUUCUGGAGUGGGCUCAGGGAAGCCAGCUCCCAAUACAACUCUAUGCCUGGCAAACUCGAGAGAGAUGCAGUGGUCAAGAUUUUUGACACUGGAAGGUUUUAUCAAGCUCUGCAGCUUUACCAGGAGGGUCAGAUUCCUGCUCCUGAUCCCACAGUGACUCUGUGUUUUGGAGAGGAGCUCAGUGAUCUCAACAGCUCCAAGAGCAAACUGAUAAUCGUUCAGAUCUCCAUAGUGAACUGCCAGCACAUGCUAGAAACGGUGAACAUGCGUCGCUCUCAACAAUACAGCAACAACCAAACCAUGGAGAUGUGUGACGAUGUGGCCACUGAGCAAAUGGCUCGCAUCUACCAGGAUUUGUGCAGCUACAGCGUUCCCCAGAGAUCACCGUGCUACAGGGACAACAUGCCCAUCACGGUCUGACCUGGAAACAUCUGCUCAGCAGGAACCAGACAACAUAUCAGAGACAUUACGUGUACACUGACAAGGAAAUACAUUUUUUUCUGAUAAUGCAGCUUUUAGGUUGAUGCACAUGACGUCUCUUGUUCUUCUGCAAAUAACCUGAUAUUUUUUUUUGUUUUCAUGCAAGACAAACACACCUGAAUCCAUAUAAAACACACAUGCUGGUGUAAAUAUUCUGCAUAAAUAAAGCCUCGUUUGCAGAUUUAAAAGAGAUCAGACAUCUCUUUUUUCAGUUUCUGCAGUUUAGUUAAUCCUUUUCACACACUUUAGUCAGGAUUGUUUUUAUUUCAUCAGAUGGAGUUGUGUUUUCUACAGAAAACUAAAUAUUUUUAUAUAAAUUAACAAAAAUUGCACAAAACUUGCAAUGGUGUUAGAAUACUGAUAGGUUUUACUAUCAAACUGCUUUUUCAUGACUUUGUCAAUUGUUUUUCUAAAUAAAAUGUUUUAACUGAA